ACAAUAGAGCGGCGAGUUGACGCGCGUCGUGCAGCCUGCAGCCUGCAGACGGCGGGGGAGCAACCAUGAAGGUGCCGGUGAUCGCGGCGCUGCUUCUCCUUGGCACCAGCCUGUCACCGACGGCCUGGUGUGCGGAGGUGGAGGAGCGCCUGGUGAGUCACCUCCUGUCAGUGGAGCGCUACAACAAACUGAUCAGACCGGCGGUCAACAACAGCCAACAAGUCACCAUCUACAUCCAAGUGUCUCUCGCCCAACUCAUCAACGUGAACGAGAGGGAGCAGAUCAUGACCACCAACUGUUGGCUCACUCAGGUGUGGCACGACUACAGGCUGAUGUGGGACCCCGACGAGUACGACGGCAUCAAGAAGAUCCGCCUCCCGACGCAGCACAUCUGGCUGCCCGACAUCGUCCUCUACAACAACGCUGACGGCACCUACGAGGUCUCCUUCUACUCCAACGCCGUGGUCUCCAACAACGGCGAGGUGGCCUGGCUCCCUCCGGCCAUCUACAAGUCGGCCUGCAAGAUCGAAGUCCGCGACUUUCCCUUCGACCAGCAGAACUGCACCCUCAAGUUCCGCUCGUGGACCUACGACCACACCGAGAUCGACCUCAUCCUCCUGAGCGACUUCGCCAGCCGCGACGACUUCAAGCCCAGCGGCGAGUGGGACAUCGUGUCGCUGCCGGGACGCAAGAACGAAGACCCCAACGACGUCCGCUACCUGGACAUCACCUACGACUUUGUCAUCAAGAGGAAGCCUCUCUUCUACACCAUCAACCUGAUCAUCCCCUGCAUCCUCAUCACCUCCCUGGCCAUCCUGGUCUUCUACCUGCCCUCGGACUGUGGCGAGAAGAUGACCCUGUGUAUCUCCGUGCUCCUGGCGCUCACCGUCUUCUUGCUCCUGAUCUCCAAGAUCGUGCCGCCCACGUCCUUGGCGGUGCCGCUGAUCGGGAAGUACCUGAUGUUCAGCAUGGUGCUGGUCACCUUCUCCAUCGUCACCAGCGUGUGCGUGCUCAACGUGCACCACCGCUCGCCCAGCACGCACACCAUGCCGCCUUGGGUGAAGCGAGUCUUCAUGUACCGCCUGCCCACCUACCUCUUCAUGAGGAGACCCGGCCGCUCCAACACCCGCGAGAGGUUCCGCAAAAAACACCAGCAGCGGACCUUCUCGGAGAAGAAAGACGGGGGGUUGGGCAUCUCCUCCCCCUCCUUCUACGUCAACGAGGAGUCGGCCAAACGCUACGGCUGGACCUUCGGCGACUUGGCGGACAACGCGGAGCUCAGGAGGAGGGCCACGCUGAAGAGAGGCAUCGACGUGGAGGACGCGGUGGACGGCGUGCGCUACAUUGCGGACAAGAUGAAGAGUGAGGAUGACGAUGAAGGGAUCAUUGAGGACUGGAAGUACGUGGCGAUGGUCAUCGACCGUCUCUUCCUGUGGAUCUUUGUGUGUGUGUGCGUGGUGGGCACCCUGGGUCUCUUCAUGCAGCCUCUGUUCCAGAGCUACAACACCCCCGUUGUUGAAGACUUAGACCAGAACUAAAUCUGAUAAACACAAUCUACCUUCAAAUCCUUCUUCCUUCUUCCCAGAAGCCAACACAUGAACCUCUGAUGAUGCACUUGAACCCUCUGCCUCCAUCCAGCAUCUGUCCUCCCCCGACCUCCUUACCCCCGCUCAUCAAGGUAUUGAUCAUGUGACCCUGAUCCACAUGAUUGCUGACA